GAGCGAACGGAGGCAGCGGCAGCAGCAGCUCUUGCAACAACCAGGACCUGCUCACAAACCUGCUGGUGUAUCAGUACCUGUCUGGCUCCAUCCCCGGCGGUUCAUCUCCCGGUUCGAACCCCGAACUGAGGGCUCUUCUGGGCUCGGCAUCAGCCACGACGACGGUGACCUCGGUGUCGACCUCGCUGACGACCCUCGUAGUCGAGGUGGAGCCGACGACGCAGUUCACGACCUCGACGACCUCCUACGUCACCACGCUGACCUCGACCGAAACGAAGGUCAUCCCCGUCAUCUUCCGAGGCUCUAAGAUCACCACGACGGUCAGCGAAUCUUCGGAGGAGGUCAUCACUGCAACAGAAUACUUCACCGAAUCGUCCGUGUUCACGCCGUCCAUCGUCCAGACGCUGCCGGUGCACAUCACAGUCACGGCCACCAGCACAAGAGGCUUGAAUGGCCGGUUCACCUUGGCCAACCUGACCCCUGGGCCGACUUCGGUCGUCCAUCAACCGAUCUCCACUGCUACACUCGACCUCGACUCUACGGGCCUCGACCUGGCGAACCUCGACCUCUCGCAGCUGGAUAUUUCCAGCCUCGUGGGAAGCGGUGCCGGAUCUGACCAGGACGGCAACCAGAUGCUGUCCGUCCUGUCGUCUCUCCUGCAGCAGUAUGAUGACGCUGGGGCACCCGCGCCCUCCGGCCUGGGCCCAAGCACCUCGAGCGACAGGAGUUCCAAGACGACUACGUGGACUACGAGGAGCCCGUUGACGACACGCCCAAGUUUAAUGUGCUGCGAGGCUUCACCCUGAGCGAUCGCGUGGCCAGCUCCUCAUCUGGCGGAGGCACCGGAAGGGCUGCCACGGACACGCGCUACAGCAAGUUCCAGCGCAAGGAUCGCGUCACCAACAAUGGCAUCGCUACGACCGAAUCCAGUGCGAGAGACCGCGAGAGCGAGCCGUUCCAAGCCUCAACGAGACGCCAGUCAUUCUCCAGAGCGUCUGGGAAUCGUCGAACAACAACCGGAGGCCAGAGGAGGAGCCGAGCGCCAAGUACCAGGUUCGUACCGGCUACUGAAUCCCAGUACUUCGAGGAAGUCAAGUUCCGUCCCUUCGGCGCACGUAGGGAUCGGGAGACCACGUCCUCGCGGCGUCGUAGCGGACGCCUGGACGACCCAGAGCAGCAAGCCACGCGCAGCACGCCUGCCUCCAAACCCACACCGAGUAACGUGCGAACCACAGUCCUAACGAUGUAUCUCAGCGGCUCCGCACCUGGGGAGUUCCAUACUUCUCUCCGCACCGUUACUCUGCGGUCCCUUCCCUCCACUCGUAACCGCCGAGACGUGCAGCACCAGUCGACCACCAAGAUCCUCCCAACGGCAACAGAAACGCCAGCCGCGGCAGAAUACACGAAAACUUUGGAGUUGCCCAAAGCCGCUGAUCCAAAGGAAAUCGUCCAAGUUUUGAAGUCCCUAGACUCGUCCCAGGUCAAACAGAUGCUGAAAUCGUUGCAGAAAUGGGUGGAUUUCUACAGCCACGAAGUCCUCGACGAAUCCCACAACAACAUAGUUCCAGAGCUGACUUCGUCUCUCAGCCUCGAGUCCUCGGGAGUGGAGAACGAGGCCACGACAGAACUCAGCCUGACACCCACAGCCGUCACGGGUUCCCCCUCAGCUACGAACAACCUGUGCCACGCUCCCCCGACAGUCACCCAAACUGUCUACCGCACGAUGGUGGUCACGACGACGGUCUCAGAAGUCUGAGGAGUUUAGGCUGACUUGAGACGUCCGAAAAGAAACUGUCAGGAUGCGGCGACGUCCCCUCAAGUCCCUCCUGGAGAGCGGCACGGUGGGGACACCCAAUAGCCCGGUGGUAUUUAUGAGUGCGAAAUCCAGCCGAGGUUGGCAUACCAAUCUUGGCUGGUAUGCCGGUGCUGUACAUAGCUGUAUUGUAUGAAUCUUUAGCCUGUACAUAGCAUGUGCGUGUUCUCGUGUGGUCGUUGCGUGCGAGUGAGAGACCCACCCAGCUCAAAAUAAUCCAAAUGCCUCAAGGACGUCAAAGAUCACAGGGCCCGCGCCAAAGACCAGCGGGCCCGUGUGUCAUGACAAACGUUUAGCGUUAAGUGUUAUCCCUCUUUACGUAAGUCUAGCUCAUGAAGCUCUUCCGGUGAUUACGUUUCACCCUUUGUCCUGUUUGCCUCUCGUAAGGAACUGAAACAGAAAAAAGUGAUUUAAAAGCCAGAGGAGCUGUGGCGGCAGCGAGGUACUGAAUUUCAUAGAAGUCAUGUUUUGUCUGGGGCGUCAAAAAUGGAAUCAUUUGGGGGGGGGGGGAAAUCGGUGAUUCGCUUUCAAGAAGAUUCGUAACCUCCCCCAUCUACAGAAAAAAAGAAAAGUAAAUGAUAAAUCCUUACACAUUACCAGUCCCAGUUACCAGUAAUUAUUGAUAUUAAUACGGAACAGACGUCGUUUUACUUAUCAAAUGAAAUUACUCUGUUACGAAAACAUGAUUGUAAUGGUUCAGGAACUAUGCUGUAGACUUUCGAAGUUAGAAGCAACGUUGAUUUCCAGCCAGUGCUCUUCCAAUACUUCGUUGGAAAAGGUUUAAUAUUGGGACAGAGGAAAAGAAAAAGGAAACAACUACUGUCACGCUGCAAUUGACACUGACAGCACGUGCAAUGGUAGAACAUACCAGAAGGCGGAUCCCGCAUGGAGGUCAAAGAAAAAAAAAUCAAUGAACAAACUUUUUGUGCACCCGAGUGGAAAUGCAAAAAAAAAAAAGGUUUUGAUCUUCAACGGACCUUCCAGGAGAUAAUAUUAAGGACAUACUCUAUUAUGUCAAUCAAUUUUAUUUACUUUCAUCGUUAUUUCACUAAUAACUAAAUUGUAGGAUAAUGUAUAUAUGACUAUUUUAAGAAUAUGAAUAAACAUUUUCUAAUAA